GCAGACUUAGAAAACGGGGUCCAUAUAUUUAUAAAAGACAAAUAUGUCAUUUAUUAUAUUUUAUUAUUAUUUAAAGAAAAGUUAAGAAGUUUAUAAACUAUGUGAGGUGUUCAUAAACUUACAAAUUGUAAAUGUCGUAUGCAAAUAAAUAUGUUCGCAAUUGAGUAUGUUGGUGUGCUAUAGAUUUUGAAAUAGUGAUUAUAGUGUUAUAGGAUUAUAAACUUUGAUGGAUCUAGAUGGAAAUCAUAUGGACCCCGGUUCAAGUCAAGCGAUUUGCCUGGAAAACGAAACCGCAACUCUUGUAUUUCACUUACCACCAAGGAAAAGUGAUGGAAACUACAAUUAUACAAUAAGCCGGGAUGGUUUUCCGAUCGACCCGAGCGACAGGGUCCGCCUUUCGGAGCGUCCAGGAGCAAAGUCGGGCUCUGAGGUCAGGCUCACGGUUCAGGCUGUUCGCCAGGGCGACGCCGGCCGCUACACGCUCAGCGCACACAGCGCGGCGACGGCGGAUGUGGAAGCGAGGGCUACCGCCGAAUUGAAGGUUUUAAGAAAAGCGUUCCAGGAGGGAGAAAAUCCGCCGGAAUUGCUAAAGAGACUGACCGACUUGGCGGUGAAAGUUGGAACUAGGACGCGUUUGGUAGUGCAGCUCAAAGACGCAAAGGAUGCGACGGUUACAUGGUUCCACAACGAUAUACGCCAAUUGGAAUCUGAACGUUUCCGAUUGGUAAAUGAGGGUUCUCUGUUUUGCUUAGAUGUAGCUCCAGUAAUGCAGCAGGAUGCUGGGUACUGGACUUGCAUGGCUGAAAACACCAGUGGAAGAUCUAGUACUGGUUGUAAUCUUAAUGUUUUAGUCCCAAAGGCUUAUAAGAAACCCGAGUUUUUAGAAGAACUUAAAGCGUUAUUAACUGAGUUUGGUACGGUAUCAUUAGAAUGUAAAGUUGUUGGUGUGCCGACUCCAGUGUUACGAUGGUUUAAAGAUAAUAAGGAAAUAAAGGCUGGAGAUAUAUUUGCUUUGACUGCAAACCCCGAAGACCCUACUUCUCUCGGUACAUAUACGUGUGAAGCAGUAAAUUGUAUGGGUCGCACUUAUUCCUCGAGUAAAGUCCAUGUUGUUGGUAAAGGUAGCAGAGAAGGAAGUUUAAAACCUGUUGAUAUUUCGACGGGCGUUGGACCUCCGCCAAUAUUCACGCGUGAGCUCCAAGGUACCAAUGUCAAAAUUGGUGAUUCAUUUAGCCUUUCUUGUCAAGUGAUUGUACCCCCUUGGCCAAAAGUAGUCUCAUGGUACAAUAGCGCGGGUCGUAUAGAUCCAGAUGAGCCGGAUUCGCGAUAUAAAAUAAUCGAGGAUCCAACUAUAGGGUCAUUAGGAUUAGAAAUAGUUUCAGCUCAAAAGAAAGAUUCCGGAGAAUGGAAAUGUGUGGCUACAAGCCGAGACGAAUGCGUUAGCAUAUCGACUUGCAAUGUGCAAAUGGAAAUUCCUAAGAAUUAUAGGGCGCCUCGCUUCAUGGAGAGUCUUAAAGCGGUGCUCACAGAAGAGGGCCUUGUAUCUUUUGAAUGCAAAGUUGUCGGUUUUCCAAGUCCCGUUCUCCGCUGGUUCAAAGAUGGUGUAGAACUUAAACCUGGUGAUGUUUAUCAAUUGACUGGCACAAAUUCGCUUGGUUCAUACUGUUGCAUUGCUAGGAACUGUAUGGGAGAGUCAAGCAGCACAGCUGAAUUGACAAUCGAAGACAUUCAAAGCCAAUUGAAUGAUGAAGAAAGAAUGCAUUUGUUCUCUUGGAAUCAAACUCCGAAAUUUUUACAAGGGCUCAAAAGCUGUGAGGCAAGGAUAAAUGAGCCUUUCAAAUUUACAGUACAAGUGAAUUUAAUUUCUGAGCCGAUAUUAUCCUGGUAUCGUGACGAUCAUCCGGUCGAACAAAGUGACCGAUAUAAAAUUACUCGUGAAAAAACAGGAUUUUGUCAUUUAGAAGUGCAAUGUCUUGAAUUCCUCGAUCAAGCCGAAUGGAAGUGUGUAGCUAUGAAUGAUUUCGGCCAUAGUAUCACGUCGUGCUUUCUCAAACUUCUUAUUCCUCGACAUUUUAAGAAACCUAAAUUUUUAGAAGCCUUGCGAGCAGUUUUAUCUGACGAAGGUGCUGUAAAUCUUGAAUGCAAAGUAAUAGGUGUACCUCAGCCUGUUCUACUUUGGUAUAAAGAUGGUGAAGAACUGAGACCUGGUGAUAUUCAUAAAAUUAUAUCAGGACAGGACGGUACUUGUUGUUUAGGGACAUACACAUGCGAGGCUAGAAAUUGCAUGGGCGUUGCAGCCAGCUCCGCCUCAUUAUUAGGCUAUGAAAAUGCUCAAAAGCAGGAGCAGAAAUUACAAGAGGUUGCUUUGCAAAAAAAUACAUCUCUUUCAACAAUUCAAGAAGAAAGAACAUCACAGAUGUACGAUACACCGGUGGGUGAUAUAACGCUAGACGAGCGCGGCGACGUAUCCUUUUCUUUUGAUGGCAAGGAGGUGUCUGUUUCAUUGUACGAAACUCCGGAUUUAACUGAAGAAGAGGCUUUGCAGAUAAUUGAAAUGUAUGCUGAUCAAUUAUCAGAAAAUGUAACUGAACAUAAUGUAGUUGAACUACCCAACCUCAGAUUUGUUAAGGAAACUUCAACUUCGGGAAAUUUACUGAUGGAAGCUGUAGUCAUUGAUGUAACGUCUCCUAAUAGCUUAGGCAUUGCAGAAUGUGAAGAUUUACGUACAGAAAUGGAUGUCGAAGAUUUAUCUUCAAUAACCGAUUCUAAUAUGCCUACGUCCCCAACGGAUGAUAAAUCGAUAAGUGAAGCUGAUGUGAGACGUUUAACAGAUGAAUACAUGAAACAGAUGAGUGAAAAACUUUCUGGCGAAACACCUCCUGCAAGACCGCCAAGAAAAUCUGACUCUCAAAAGACAGCUGAAGAAUUUUUCAGCGUUUCAUCCCCUCCUAAAGAAAAGAACGAUAUUGAUGAAGUUACUGAGUGCAUUAGUGAAUCAGACCCAUUAACUUUUGUAAGUGCCAAAAAUUCAGAGUCUAAAAGAAAAAGUGAUAUUAUUGAGGUUGAUAUAUUAAAUAUUGAUAGAGCCGAUAUAGAAUUGAAAAUCGAUCAAGCAAUUAAAGAAACUAUGGAAUUAUUCCAAGCAGAUGCAAGACUAACUUUAAAUGAAAUUACUGAAUAUAUGGAAGCCGAAGAAGAAAAAUUACCACUUCGAGAUUUAUCAGGGGAGGAAGGUGAUGGUUUAGUAUUUGCAAAUUUGCAAACAGAACAUUCAAUGGAUUCUUAUCAAUGCAAUAAAACUGAUUUAGCUUCACUAGAAUCCUAUCUUGAUGUUGUUGUCAAUCAUCUAGCAGCUGUAGAAGAAGAAGUAUCUGUGCAAGCUACUAUGAUGGUGGUAACAAAAUCAGCAGAUAAAAGUUUUCAGGUAUUAAAUAGCAUUGUAGAACCAAUAAAAGAGAUUCAAAAUGUGCUACAUCUCGUAAAAGCGCAAGAUGGCAAAUAUAAUUCAAAAACUUUUGAUAUGAUGCUUAAACCGAUAAAACAUUUGCAACAGGGUUUGACCAUGAUUGAAAAAUGUAUUGAAAUUGAUGAAGUUGGUCAUACAUUAGUUCAGAGAACUUGCGUUUGUAUAGUAGAUACAGUGAGUAACCAAUUACAGCAAGCAUUUGAACUUAUGAAAAAAUUUUCGCCGCCAGAAGUAAGCGCAAACUCUUCUAAUGAAGCUAAUUUAAUAUUGACCGAUAUGCAGACGGGACUGAAACUUUGUCAAGAUACUAUAAAAUCUCAGGAACUGAUACGAGAAGCUGCUGAUCUGGAAGCAGCUAAAUAUACUGAAGAAUCUAUAGCACGAAUUCAGAAUGAUACGAAUAAAUUAUUAAACAUAACUGAUAGCUUCAAAUUGUCUGAUGAAAAUAUUGGAGCAACACAAUUGAAACAUGUUUGUAGACCUGUAGUAAAAAUACAAGAAGCAUUGGAAAGUAUUGAACAUGAACUUUCUUUAGAAGAUCACGAAGAACAAAUGUUUCCAAAUAUCAAUAAUUUUAUUCUAGAAAAAAUUUCAGGACCAAUUGAAGAACUGCAAAAAGAAAUUGCAACAAUUGAAGAACAAAAUAAUAUAGAUAAGAUUGAUAGACAUAUUAAUGUAGCAAUAUUGGACGUAGUUACUCCUCCUAUGUAUGAAUUAGCUAAAGGUUUGCAAUUACUUAAAGAUCAAGCUGAGAAAGAAAAUGCUGGAAUUAUAAGUAUAAAUAUCGUAGAAUCGCUUGUUCCCCCGUUACAAGAAAUUCAAAAUGGUUUAGCUAGAAUUGGAUUGGAAACUGAAGAAGGUUUAAUACCUAGUUCAGAUUCUAUUUCUGAGCAUUCUGAUCACAUUAAAAUAUUAAAAAAAAUGAGUCAAAUACUAAUAUAUUUCAAAAGUAAUAUAUACGCUUAGAAACAAGAGCGCCCUGAACUGACAAAUUCUCUAGAUAAUUUGCAUUUGUUACUUUCUAAAAUUUCCGAGAAUCUAGCAGUUCAUAGUUCUGGUGAAUGCAAUGCUGAGAUUUUCAACAUUUUAACAAAGCCUUUGGAAAACAUAAAUUCUGGUCUAAGACACAUUGAAGAAAAAUCAUCGUCCGGAAUUCUAUCUGAUUUGAUCGAACAUUUUGUUGACUUGGAAGAGAAUAUUGUCACAAGCAUAAAAACAUUAUCGAAGAACCAUACUCAAUCUGAUAAAAAUAUAAAUAACCUAGAAUCUAUGUUAACUAUACUGAACAAUAUAAAAAGCGAAAUUAAAAUUAAUGAUAAUGAUAUUUUACAAAACGAAUACGAAAAGAAAGUUAAGAAUGAAGAUAAAACGAAAGUUAAAAUGUUGCAUGAACAGUUACAAAGUAUUAAUGUCGCAGCUGAAUAUUUACAAGAAAUUGAUCAUACGUUAGAUGGGAUUGAAAAAUGUGUUGAAGUUUUGCAGUUUAAAAACUGUGAGCUGAGGAAUAGUAUUGAUGUUAAUAACAGUAUUCAAUUACUAUCCGCACCGUUAAAAGAACUUCAUGCCUGCAUUGAAAAAUUAAGUACGAAUCAAGAAGUUAUAGAAUGCCUGAAAGUUAAACCAAAAUGUGAACUAUUACCUGUAGGCAGUAUUGAAGAACCUUUGCGAAAUCUAAGUGUAGUAUUAUCAAUAUUGGAAUGCUCACAGACUACUUCAAUCAAAGAUGAAGAUUUAAAUCAGCAAACCGCCGAUUUAAUAAGGGUUCCGCUCGAAGAAUUGAAUACAGGAAUAUCUGCUAUUCAAAAACAAAUUCUUUAUAGUCCAGUUAAAGAGAUUUCUCAAAAAAUAACAGAAUUAGAGCUAAGUAAGCCGCUAGAAGAAUUACAAAGUUGUAUUGAGAAAAUUGAACAAGAUUUAAACAUAGCGUCAGCAGUCAAAACUAUGAAAAAACUUGAAAACUGCUUAGAAAUGGUGACUAAACAAGAAAAAAUAAUUAAGUGUGAUAUAACAAUAGAUGCUAUUAUACCGUGCUUGCAAAAAUUACAAUCAUCGAUUCAAAAAGUAGUCGAAAAUAAAACACGUAGAAGUUCGUUAGAUCAAUUAAUACUUAAAUCUGAUUUGGAAGCAUUAAAAAAGUUAGCAAUACCAAUUACUGAGUUGGAAAAUGCUUUGAAAAUAACUGAAGUUGAUGUGAAACAGCCAUUUUCAGAAUUGGAAAAUUCUCUUGCUAAUUUACAUUCAUGCAUAGAUGAAGUACACAAAAAUGUAUUUUCGUCAUUAGAGUUAGCGCAUGAAACACCAGACUUAAGUUUAUCAAAUUCUCUUUUAGAACUUCAAAAAUCUUUGGAAUGUACUAAAAAGAAUGAUGUUAUAACUGAAGACAGUGAAAAACAUAACACAGCUGUUGAUACACUGGAAAAAUUGGAAAAAUGUAUUGUCAUAAUGCAGGAACAAUCGCAUGAAAUUCAAACGACUAAUGCACCAAUUUCUCAGCUGGCAGUGCCUUUGCAAGAGUUACACGCCACCUUGAAAGAAAUUACAUCCAGCGAGACAAGAAUUCUAGAGCCUGUAGAACAAUUAAAAUUAAAUACAGAUCUAGAGGUAAUUAGCAAUUUAGCUCAGCCCAUAAGCGAAUUUGUAGAAGCAUUGGAAUCAUCUUACAAUUUAUGCGAACCUGCACAAUCUGAACCGAUGGUAGUCUCUUUUGAGUCACAAAUUAACCAUUUGCAAGCGAGUAUUAUUGACAUACAGGAGCAUGUCAUUUCUAUUGAACCUGAAAAUUCAGCCGACGCUAAGUCUACCCUGGCUAAGCCGUUAUUGGAACUACAGAAAUGCCUAUCUGAUAUGCAAAAUAUCGGCAAACAAGAAGUUAUCAUUGAUAAAACUGAUGUAUUAAUUACCAACAUUAAGGAUUGUGUUGAAUUGAUAGAAAAUGAAUUGAAUUCAGUAUCAAAUAAUGGUAUUCAGACUUUGAUAACACCACUACAGCAAUUGGAAUGCGUUUUGUUAAAAGACUUUAAAAAUGAUAAACUGGAUCAAGCUAAACUGUCAAUUGUAGAAAUUUUAGAAAAACCUUUUUCUGAAUUGAAGAAUGCAUUUGUAACACUCCAAAACGAAAUUAGUUUAUCUGCAUUGCCUGCAUUACCUUAUUUGAAUGACUUGAAGGUAGCCAUUUCACAAAUUCAAGUAGAAUUGGAUCCUGUCGUAUCAUCAGUGGAACAAAAUGCAACAUUUGCUGUUGUCUCGGAUGUUUUACAUAAGUUAGAAAAUGCUAUAGAAAUCAUAAAUCAGCCGCAGUUAUUUGAAAUUAUUACACAAAAUAAAUCAUUGGCUAAAAAUAUAGCCAAUGAAAUAAAUAAUUGUUUGAUUUGCAAGCCCUUGCAAAAAUUACAAUUGAAUCUGUGUGAUUUUUCUGAAAGUGUAGAAGUAUUAGAUAAGUCAAAAGAUAUUAUUGAAUUUAAAAUAUUAAACUCAUUAUCCCAUGAGUUCGAAGAAUUGAAUAAAACGUUAACAUCGACUGCUAUUGCAAAUAAUAAGACUAAAGCCGACCAAAAUGCCAUCAUGAACCAAUUUAAGUCACUAGCUGAAACCAUACAAAAUAUUAUAUCAGAAGAUCUUCAAGCUUUAGAAGUAUCAUUUGUUCAACCUAUAUUAGAACUUGGACAAUGUUUUACGUUAUUACAAAAGGAAAAUGAAAGCGUAGAUCAAUUUAAUAAAGGUAUUGAGAAAGCAAAAGGCAUUGAAACAACUAUCAAUGAGAUUGAAAAAUGUAUAGAUGCUAUUAAAUCUCAGCCCAUGAUUAAUACAGCAGAUCAGAAUUCUCUGAAAGAUGAAAUAGAAUUUUUAGUUGCAACCAAAGUAGAGAAAUCGGAUGCUGAUUCUAUAAUUAAAUGCGAUUUAGUUGAAGUAAUGCAAGUUCUUGAGAAACCUUUGCAACAGCUUCAAUAUGCCAUACAAGCCGUGCAAACCACUCCACCAGAAGAAGCUCAAUCUAGAGACUCUUACACCGCGAAACCCGAAUUAGCUCAACCGUUAGUAGAACUUCAGAAUUGUAUCGCUAUUAUACAAGAACAAGAUUUAUUGAGCGGAGGUAUCGAAGAUAUAUCCACUGUGGAUGAAGUGUCUGCCUUAACAACAGCAGCAGAAUUAAUUUGCAGCACCAGAGAUGAAAUUUGCGUGCAACACCCGGAAGUUUUGGAAGACAUUGCCAAAUUAGAUGACUACAAAGCGGUUUCAGGAAUUGAAAACGAAUACAUAGAACAAAUAAUAAAUCAAGCUGACCUGCAAAAGUAUUAUCCAGAAAUUAUAAAUUUAUUCAAUACAAUGCACGUCUUUGCGUUACCUCUAGCACAUUUGCAGUCUUGUUUCACGUUUAAUAUUGAAAAUAUUCUUAAAAACGAAAACAAUAUCAGUUAUGCCAAUAAAAUUAAUGGAUUUAUCGAAGAAUUACAAAACUUUGUAGUAAUAGCUCAAACGCAAUCUAAAUUGGGGUCAAAUGAGGAACUCAUAACUUUAAAAGAUGUAAGCGAUCUUUCCACACUUGAAGAUCUUAGUCAUAAAAUAAUUAGUGAAUUAGAAAAAAGCAGUAUCAGCAGUGAUGAAGUAAGUUCAUUUGUAAAAUCAUUGAAGACCCUAAUAUGCUUUGUUGAAUUCUAUAAAAAGCAGCUGAUUAAUUUAGAAUCUUCAGCAACUGUUUUAAAUGAUUAUGCUACAACUGAGCAUCAGGUAGAACUGGAAAAUGUUUUGGAGCUAUCUCGAGAAGAAAUGACUGGAACACAAGCAAAAGAAAUUGAAUGUGUAGAACAAAAGGCAGAACAGCAUGGUCAACAUGUUUUAGAACAUGUAAAUAUGCCUACAUCAGAAUCUGCCACGACUAUGAGUUUAUUAGAUAGCGUAACCUGCGAGUUAGCACAGACUAAAGACUAUAUUGUAUUGCAAGAGGAUAGUGUGGUUGAAACUGCCGAAGAAAUUAUUUUGAUCAUCAAAAACGAAAAUGAAACUGAAUGUGAUAAGAAGACUGAAACAAAGUUCGAAUUCGAUGAAAAGGAAAUGAACUUUGGAAAAUUAGAGCUUGAUGAAGAAAAUAAAAUCUUAGAUGUAACAGCUAAGCUAGAAGAAGAAAACAAAAUUAAGAAUGAAUCAAUGGAAUUCAAAGGAGAAGAGAAACAUAGUGAAGAAGAUGACGAGGCGAAAACUGUUGAGUUAAAACAUGGGGAUCAGGAGAAAAUAAAAACUGAAAAGGAGAAUGAGCAAUUGGAUCUUGAAGAUGAAGCACAAAUGAAAAGUAGAAAACAAACUUUGACAGAAUCUGAAUUACCUGAUCAACUAAUCCACGAAGAAGAAAAAAUAGAUCAAUCGCAUAAAGUUCAAACGACUAACGCACCAAUUUCUCAGUUGGCAGUGCCUUUGCAAGAGUUACAUGCAACUUUGAAAGAAAUUACAUCCAGGGAGACAAGAAUUCUAGCUCCUGCGGAACAAUUAAAAUUAAAUGCGGAUUUAGAAUUGAUUACUAAUUUAGCUCAGCCCAUAAGCGAAUUUGCAGAAGCAUUAGAAUCAUCUUACACUUUACACGAACCUACACAAUCUGAACCGAUGAUAUUCUCAAUAGAAUCACAAAUCAAUCAUUUACAAGCAAGUAUUAUUGACAUUCAGCAGCAUGUCAUUUUUAUUGAACCUGAAAACUCUCUCGAUGCCAAAUCUGCUCUGGCCAAGCCAUUAGUAGAACUGCAAAAAUGUUUAUCUGAAAUGCAAAACACAGGUGAACAAGAAUUAAAACCAGAAGAAGAAAAAAUAUUGGUUGAAUUGCAGGGUAAAAGCGAUGGAACACAGAAAGAUGAAAAAUUGAGACCAAUUGUAGAAGACAAAGCAAAAGCUGAACAAAUGAACAUUCAGGAAGAAGAUAAACAGAAAGCUGUAGACUCUAACUUUGAACAAGACGAAAUAAAAACUCAACAGCUAAAACUUGCAGAAGAAAAGAAAAAGAUAGCCGAAAAGGUUACUCUUGAAGAAGAGAAAAAGACAACUGAAAAGCCAAAGUUUGAUGAGGAAGAGAAAAAAAAAACUGAUCAGCUGAAACUUGAAGAGGAAGAGAAAAAGAAAAUAGAGCAGCUAAAACUUGAAGCGGAAGAUAAUAAGAAAUCUGAAUCUAAAACUGAAGAGGAAGAAAUUAAGAAAGCUGAACAGCUGAAAUUUGAUGAAGAAGAGAAGAAAACUGAACAGCUAAAACUUAAAGAGGAAGAGAAAAAGCAAGCUGAACAGCUGAAACGUGAGGAAGUACAGAAAAAGGAAGCUGAACAGCUGAAAUUUGACGAAGAAGAGAAGAAGCAAGCCGAUCAGCUGAAACGUGAUGAGGAAGAAAAAAUAAAAGCUGAAAAGCUAAAACUUGAAGAGGAAGAGAAAAAGAAAGCUGAAAAGCAAAAACUUGAAGAGGAAGAGCAACAAAAAGCUGAAGAGCUGAAACUUGAAGAGGAAGAGAGAAAGAAAGCUGAAAAGCUAAGACUUGAAGAAGAGAAAAAGAAUGCUGAGGAACUAAAACUGGAAGAGGAAGAGAAAAAGAAAGCUAAAAAGUUGAAACUUGAAGAAGAAGAGAAAAGGAAAGCUGAAAAGCUAAAACUUGAAGGGGAAGAUAAAAGGAAAGCAGAAAAGCUAAAACUUGAAGAGGAAGAAAAACAAAAAGCUGAAAAGUUGAAACUUGAAGAGGAAGAGAGAAAGAAAGCUGAAAAGCUAAGGCUUGAAGAAGAAGAGAAAAAGAAAGCUGAGGAACUAAAACUUCAAAAUGAAGAGAGAAAGAAAGCUGAAAACUUAAAACUUGAAGAAGAACAGAAAAGGAAAGCUGAAAAACUAAAACUUGAAGAAGAAGAAAAACAAAAAGCUGAAAAGCUGAAACUUGAAGAGGAAGAGAGAAAGAAAGCUGAAAAGCUAAGACUUGAAGAAGAGAAAAAGAUAGCUGAGGAACUAAAACUUGAAGAGGAAAAGAAAAAGAAAGCUGAAAUGCUAAAACUUGAAGAGGAAGAGAAAAAGAAAGCUAAAAAGCAAGAACUUGAAGAGGAAGAGAAAAAUAAAGUUUUGAAACAUGAAGAAGAGAAGAAGAAAGCUGAUAAGUUGAAACUUGAAGAUAAAGAGAAAAGGAAAGCUGAAAAGCUAAAACUUGAAGAGGAAGAGAUACAAAAAGCUGAAAAGUUAAAACAUGAAGAGGAAGAGAGAAAGAAAGCUGAAAAGCUAAAACUUGAAGAAGAAGAGAAAAAGAAAGCUGAAAAACUAAACUUGAAGACGAAGAGAGAAAGAAAGCUGAAAAGCUAAGGUUUGAAGAAGAAGAGAAAAAGAAAGCUGAGGAACUAAAGCUUCAAGAGAAAUAAAAGGAAAGCUGAAAAACUGCAACUUGAAGAGGAAGAGGAAAAGAAAGCUGAAAAGUUGAAACUUGAAGAAGAAGAGAAAAGGAAAGCUGAAAAGUUAAAACUUGAAGAGGAAGAGAAACAAAAAGCUGAAGAGUUAAAACAUGAAGAGGAAGGGAGAAAGAAAGCUGAAAAGCUAAAACUUGAAGAGGAAGAGAAAAAGAAAGUUGAAAAGUUGAAACUUGAAGAAGAAGAAAAAAUGAAAGCUGAAAACCUAAAACUUGAAGAGGAAGAGAAACAAAAAGCUGAAAAGCUAAAACUUGAAGAGGAAGAGAGAAAGAAAGCUGAAAAGCUAAAACUUGAAGAGGAAGAGAAAAAGAAAGCUAAAAAGUUGAAACUUGAAGAAGAAAAAAGGAAUCUUGAAAAGCUGAAACUUGAAGAGGAAGAGAAACAAAAAGUUGAAAAGCUAAAACAUGAAGAAGAGGAGAGAAAAAAAGCUGAAAUGCUAAGGCUUAAAGAGGAAGAGAAAAAGAAAGCUGAAAUUCUGAAACUUGAAGAGGCAGAGAAAGAGAAAGCUGAGGAACUAAAACUUGAAGAGGAAGAGAGAAAGAAAACUGAAAAGUUAAAACUUGAAGAAGAAGAAAAAAGAAAAGCUGAAAAGCUAAAACUUGAAGAGGAAGAGCAACAAAAAGCUGAAAAGCUGAAACUUGAAGAGGAAGAGAGAAAGAAAGCUGAUGAACUAAAACUAGAAGAGGAAGAGAAAAAGAAAGCUAAAAAGUUGAAACUUGAAGAAGAAGAGAGAAAGAAAGCUGAAAAGUUAAAACUUGAAGAAGGAAAAAGGAAAGCUGAAAAGCUAAAACUUGAAGAGGAAGAAAAACAAAAAGCAGAAAAGCUGAAACAUGAAGAGAAAGAGAGAAAGAAAGCUGAAAAUCUAAGACUUGAAGAAGAAGAGAAAAAGAAAGCUGAUGAACUAAAACUUGAAGAGGAAGAGAAAAAGAAAGCUGAAAAAUGUAAACUUGAAGAGGAAGAGAAAAAGAAAUCUGAAAAGCUGAAACGUGAAGAGGAAGAGAAAAAGAAAGCUGAAAAACUAAGACUUGAAGAAGAAGAGAAAAGGAAAGCUGAGGAACUAACACUUCAAGAGGAAGAGAAAAAGAAAGCUGAAAAACUUGAAGACGAAGAGAAAAAGAAAGCUGAAAAGCUAAAACUUGAAGAAGAAGAGAAAAGAAAAGCUGAAAAGUUAAAACUUGAAGAAGAAGAGAAACAAAAAGUUGAAAAGUUAAAACAUGAAGAGGAAGAGAGAAAGAAAGCUGAAAAGCUGAAACUUGAAGAGGAAGAGAAACAAACAGCUGAAAAGUUAAAACAUGAAGAGGAAGAGAGAAAGAAAGCUGAAAAGCUAAAACUUGAAGAGGAAGAGCAACAAAAAGCUGAAAAGCUGAAACUUGAAGAAGAGAACAGGAAAGCUGAAAAGCUAAAACUUGAAGAGGAAGAGAAACAAAAAGCUGAAAAGUUAAAACAUGAAGAGGAAGAGAGAAAGCAAGCUGAAAAGCUGAAACUUGAAGAAGAAGAGAAAAGGAAAGCUGAAAAGCUAAAACUUGAAGAGGAAGAGAAACAAAAAGUUGAAAAGUUAAAACAUGAAGAGGAAGAGAAAAAGAAAGUUGAAAAGCUGAAACUUGAAGAGGAAGAGAAAAAGAAAGCUGAAAAGUUGAAACUUGAAGAAGAGAAAAGGAAAGCUGAAAAGCUAAAACUUGAAGAGAAAGAGAAACAAAAAGCUGAAAAGUUAAAACAUGAAGAGGAAGAGAGAAAGAAAGCUGAAAAGCUGAAACUUGAAGAGGAAGAGAAAAAGAAGGCUGAAAAGUUGAAACUUGAAGAAGAGAACAGGAAAGCUGAAAAGCUAAAACUUGAAGAGGAAGAGAAACAAAAAGCUGAAAAGUUAGAACAUGAAGAAGAAGAGAGAAAGAAAGCUGAAAAGCUGAAACUUGAAGAUGAAGAGAAAAAGAAAGCUGAAAAGUUGAAACUUGAAGAAGAAGAAAAAAGGAAAGCUGAAAAGCUAAAACUUGAAGAGGAAGAGAAACAAAAAGCUGAAAAGUUAAAACAUGAAGAGGAAGAGAGAAAAAAAGCUGAAAAGCUGAAACUUGAAGAGGAAGAGAAAAAGAAAGCUGAAACGUUGAAACUUGAAGAAGAAGAGAAAAGGAAAGCUGAAAAGCUAAAACUUGAAGAGGAAGAGAAACAAAAAGUCGAAAAGUUAAAACAUGAAGAGGAAGAGAGAAAGAAAGCUGAAAAGCUGAAACUUGAAGAAGAGAAAAGGAAAGCUGAAAAGCUAAAACUUGAAGAGGAAGAGAAACACAAAGUUGAAAAGCUAAAACAUGAAGAGGAAGAGAGAAAGAAAGCUGAAAAAUUAAAACUGGAAGAGGAAGAGAAACAAAAAGUUGAAAAGUUAAAACAUGAAGAGGAAGAGAAAAAGAAAGCUGAAAAGCUGAAACUUGAAGAGGAAGAGAAAAAGAAAGCUGAAAAGUUGAAACUUGAAGAAGAGAAAGGAAAGCUGAAAAAGGAAGAGAGAAAGAAAGCUGAAAAGCUGAAACUUGAAGAGGAAGAGAAAAAGAAAGCUGAAAAGUUGAAACUUGAAGAAGAGAACAGGAAAGCUGAAAAGCUAAAACUUGAAGAGGAAGAGAAACAAAAAGCUGAAAAGUUAAAACAUGAAGAGGAAGAGAGAAAGCAAGCUGAAAAGCUGAAACUUGAAGAAGAAGAGAAAAGGAAAGGUGAAAAGCUAAAACUUGAAGAGGAAGAGAAACACAAAGUUGAAAAGUUAAAACAUGAAGAGGAAGAGAGAAAGAAAGCUGAAAAAUUAAAACUUGAAGAGGAAGAGAAACAAAAAGUUGAAAAGUUAAAACAUGAAGAGGAAGAGAAAAAGAAAGCUGAAAAGCUGAAACUUGAAGAGGAAGAGAAAAAGAAAGCUGAAAAAGGAAGAGAAAAAAAAGCUGAAAAGUUAAAACUUGAACAAGAAGAGAGAAAGAAAGCUGAAAAGCUGAAACUUGAAGAAGAAGAGAAAAAGAUGGCUGAAAAACGAAAACUUGAAGACGAAGAGAGGAGAAAAGCUGAGAAGCUGAAAUUUGAAGAAGAAGAGAAAAAGAGAGCUGAGAAGCUAAAACUUGAAGAGGAAGAGAAAAGAAAAAAAAAAGAAGCUAAUAAUCAAAAACUGGAAGAAGACCAAAAUGGAUUUGCACGAUUAAGCCUUGAAGAUGAGAAAGUAACAGACAAAGAAAAUAAAUUUGAAGAUUCUCAGAAUAAAAAUCAAUUUAUAGACAAAUCUUCUAAUCUAGAAAAAAAAUCAAGUAAACGUAUUGGUUCGCAAUAUGUAGCACCAACAAAGUCGUUUGUAAAGGAAUCGAAAAUAGUAAAGCCUACAUUCGGUACUCAUCUCACAGAUAGAACUGCCGCUCAAGGCUCUCUUAUAAAAUUAACUUGUACUGUAAUUGGUUCUCCUGAACCAUUAGUUGAAUGGUUAAAGAAUGGAGAUAUCCUUGUACCAUCUUCUAAGUAUAGAACUACAUAUGCGGAUGGCCUUGCAUGUUUCGAACUUUAUAAUGCAGAAGUGUCGGAUUCAGCAGAAUAUGCAUGCGUCGCUAAAAACUGUAAUGGGGCUUCAUACACAUCAUCCUUCUUGAAAAUUUAUGAAGGAUACGAACCAGCUCCGCUUAAGCCAAUAUUCACGAGAGCAGUUAGAGAUAAUUACAACAUAACAGACAACGAAUUAGUUCUCGAGUGUUGUAUUAGAGGAAAUCCUCAGCCAUCUAUAACUUGGAUUAAGGAUGGAGUUCCCAUACAUACUGGAGGAAAAUACCAGCAAAUGGACUUUGCACAAGGAAAGUGCAAACUUAUAAUAUCUAAUCCCAAUGAUGCGGAUAGUGGAAACUAUAUGUGUAAAAUUGAAAAUACAAAUGGUUGCGAUCAAAUCACGCACUACGUACAAUUCACUGGUAAUUAUAUAAUUUUAUAUUAUUUCAAAAUUAAGUAAAUCAAUUUUUAUAUUCAUUUUAAAGGCAAGGAUAAGUAUCGAACACAUAUUGAUACUUCGUUUAGAAGUGCAGGUCGGCCACAUUUUUCACAUCUUUUAUCGGAUACCGCUGUACCAGAUGGCGGAACUCUGGCUCUACAGGUUGAAGUUAAAGGAUCACCUAGUGAAAUUACUUGGUUGCGUGGUUCAGAAGCUGUACGUCAAGAUGGUAGAUACAGGUUCUUCAAGGAAGGUUCUUUAUACACAUUAGCUAUCAGUGGAGCAACAUUGCAGGAGACUGGACCCUACACUUGCAGAGCAUGGAACGCUUACGGCAAGACUGAUACUACUGCUUAUGUACGUAUUGUUGGACAAGGAGCUAUCCGUGAUGGCAAGCCUGCAACUAUUGUUCACCAGCCAGUAAAAGACGUUACUGUAGCACUCGGGGAAGAUAUCACAGUUUCAUUGAGAGCUCAAGGUCAACCUAAACCGAAGGUAUUUUUAACAAAAGGACUACGUGAUAUUACUACAAGUAUGCGCACGUUGAAAGAAACAUCUGAUGAUUAUAUUCGUUUUUCAAUUAAACGAGCUAUAGAUACAGAUGCUGGCACUUAUUGUGUAAUAGCUAAAAAUAUCUACGGUUGUGAUCGCGCUUUUUUCACAGUUAUGAUUCGACAAAGGGCGCGCUCAGUUACACCGCCUCGAGAUCCGACGAUAUAUGAUUCGAUACCGUCAAUUUAUACGAAAGAUGUGCCUGGACCAAUCGCCUCAGAACCCGUUGUAACGGAUAGUGGAUCUAAUUGGUGCAGUUUGAGUUGGCCCAAGCCAGAUGCGCAAAGUGUUGGCGGUGGCCCCGUGCUUGCAUAUCGGGUUGAUCGCUGGGAACUGGGGACGGACGGAGGUGCAAGAUGGGCAGAAUUAGGAAUUACUCCUAUCAAUUGUUUUGAUGUAUUCAAUUUGAAGCCAGGAACUGAAUAUCACUUUAGAAUAACGCCGAGAAACCGAAAUGGUUGGGGAGAAAGCGUUCAGACGGGAUGUCCAAUAACUGUCGGACCUAGCGUGAAUUUGCCAGAAUUCACAAAACCCUUACCUAGUCAAAUGAAGGUCCUCAUUGGUUCUGAUGUAGUCUUAGAAUGUACUUUAUCGGACAUAAAAAUUAAUACACUAAUCUGGUACAAAGAUGGAAUAGAAUUAGAUCCCAGAGAAGGCAUACGCAUGAAACAAGAUAAUUUAAACUGCAGUUUAAUUCUUUCUUCAAUCCAAGCAGAAAUGUGUGGAAGAUAUAUGUGUGAAGUCUCAAAUAAAUCAGGAAAGGCUUCUACAUUUGUAAGAUUGUUAGUAGUUGAAGAUCUCAAACUUUUGGAAGCGGAUAAAAAAUUGAAAUUGGAUCUUGAAUCGGAAAAGGAUAUGUCUCCUCAAUUCACUAUGCGGCUACGUGAUCGUCGAGUUCAAGUUACAUAUCCAGUACGAUUGACCUGCCAAGUUAUUGGUCAACCAAUUCCUGAAAUUACUUGGAGCAGAGAUGGUGAAACGAUCAACCCAGAUGAAAAUCAUAGUUUAAUAACUGAUGGAAGAUUCUACACAUUGGAAGUAUCCAGAACGAAUCUUAUGGAUUCUGGAGUUUAUUCAGUAACAGCCAAAAACAUUUUGGGUUCUGUUAGUUGCUGUUGUAGAUUGGUAGUCGAUAAAGGCAUCAAGGCGUAUAUCGCUCCUGAAUUCUUUGCUGGCUUAGAUGCUAUGUGCACUGUUCAAGAAGGAGAAUCAUUAAAACUGACUGCACAGAUUGAGGCGUAUCCAAGUGUUGGUGUGACAUGGCACCGAGAUGGUGUCAAGUUGCGAGCUUCUCGUCGUUGUGCACUUACUCUCGAUCGCGAAGGGAUAAUUACACUUGAAAUCAAGGGCGCUACUUCAGCAGAUGCCGGAUUAUAUAUAUGUACAGCCCGUAACGAGGUUGGCGAAACCAGGAGCAGUACUCGUGUAGUUGUAACGUCACCGGGUAGCAGAAAUGGAGCAAUAGCCAACAGCGAUAUUUGCGAACUGCCUCUUGUUUCUUCAAAUCAGCAACCCUCUGAACCCAGAUUUUUGCGCAAACCAACAUCCACCGAAGCAUUUGAAGGCGACAACAUUAUAAUUGCCUGUGAAGUAAGUGGCGAACCAAAACCAGAAGUAUAUUGGCUCAGAGACUUCUUAAAGCCCAAUUACUAUUUGGACGCACCUCACUUCCGCAGCGUUGGAGCAGGCCCGGAAUACAGAUUGGAAAUACCCUGCGCCAAGCUCGACUUCACCGGUACAUACUCCGUGGUUGCUCGCAAUUGCCAUGGUGAAUGCAAAGCCAUCAUGUCCUUGCAAAUAUACGCUAAAGAUAUCAUGAAUGAGAAAACUACGAAAAGUACAAGAUCAGUGAAACAUAGUGAAGAACAGAGAAUUCCUAUAUUGCAACGUCCAUUAUCAGACAUCAGAUGUUGCGAUGGUGAUUCCAUUACCUUUGAAUGUAAAAUAGAUGUAACCCCAGAAUUUCAAGUACUUUGGGAGAAAGAUGGAAAGGUAAUACCAACCGGCGAUGAUUUCACAUCCUCAUCGGAUGAAAAUGGUCAUUAUACUCUUACUAUUCUGAGGGUAUAUCCAGAAGAUGAAGGAAGCUAUUCUUGUACGGUUUAUAAUGACUUGGGACGAAUAAAUACUAACGCAUAUCUUAUUGUAGACGUCCCUGAAGAAAGGGAGAAUUUAUUAUCUCAUCAGUUGUGCAGACCGCCUGGCUUUAUGCCAUCAAAUGGUUCCACGCCUCAUUCAACACCGAGAGGAACACCGGCAAGAAGUCUAUCUCCUCUAACAGGUUCACAGGCUACUUCAACUGCGCUUCGAAAAUGUCUUAAUGUACGUCCGAGCACUGCGGCUUUACGCAGACGGGCAGACCGAUUCGGUACCUCAGGCAGACCUCCGAAAUUUCAGGCUUGCCCCCAUAAUCGUUUGGUGGAAGAGGGUGCCACUGUACGUUUCCGCUGUUCAGUAAGUGGGCAUCCAUCACCCUGGACAAACUGGGAUAAAGACGGAGUACCUGUGACUCAAACUUCAAGAAUUAGUGCCACAGAAGAGGAAGAUUUGAGGACACUUGAAAUCAGAGAAGUGACCCAUGAAGAUGCAGGUUUAUAUAGAAUCAUCCUAGAAAAUGAUCACGGAAGAGUAGAAGCAACAGCGAGGUUAGACGUACUGAGAUAUAGAAGUAAGCAUGGAAUAACUUUAACAAAUUGUUCGUUUAGAACCGUGAGGUCAAGCAGUGUAUCGCCUAGGGCUUCACCUUUUUAUAGCAAAAGAUUACAAAAUACAACUGCUAGAGUUGGAUCUAAAUUAAGAUUAAAUGCAGAACUCAGAACAUUCAGGGGAGGCGAAAGUCAUUGGGUUCAUGAUGGCGUUUUACUGGACCCAUCAUGUCUAGACAAUAGAUUCAAAAUGAUUGAUACUUGCAAAUCACGUAUUCUGACUAUAAAUAAAGUAACUGAGGCAGACAGUGGUAAUUAUAUUUGUGUGACAUCGAACAAUUUUGGUGCAUCAGCUGUCGGUGCACAAGUAACUAUAACCCAAAAUGCUCCGGUUGAAAAACGCUUACCCAAAUUUAUUCGAAGAUUGAGAAAAAGUAUUACUUUCCUCGAAGGUCAGAUGGGUUUCUUGACAUGUGAGAUAGAAAAUACUGAUGUGCCUUUCAAUGUUAGAUGGACAAAAGACUCUAAAGAAGUUCCUGAUUGUGAUGAUUAUGAAUACAUGGAUUACGGAGGUGGUCUUUUAGGUUUGAAAAUUGUCGAGGCGUUUUUGCAGGACUCAGGAAAAUAUCAUUGUGAAGUGAUUACAUCGUUUGGAACUAUUAAAACCGAAACUGUUGUUCGAGUGAAAGAAGCGACUUCUGCAAACCGUAGCUGUGCUGAAUUUGACCAUAGGCCUGUAGCAACGUCGUGUCUUGAGGGCAGAAAUAUACAAUUUCUGGCCAGUGCAAAUGCUAUGGUAUUACGUGAUAAUAAAACUGGAGAACCUGAUCAAGUAGGCUUAGUAUUCAAAUGGUUUGUCGCUGGACGACGGGUACAGACUGAUGGCGAACAUUUUUUAAUAGAAACUGUUGGUAACGAAACAAUCCUGCACGUGUUGAACGUUAAUCAACACCAUGCAGGCGAGGUGAUGUGCAUGGCGAGCCCCCGCGAAACUUUCGUACGAUCAAUUCACCAGAAUAAUGGUGAAAAAAUUCAACUUUACGACGUCGCAUGCGUCUCGGAGCUAAACGUUUUGCCUUCAUUGAACACAGACGAUGUCGAAUGCGAGAAUAAUAAAAUAUUCGAAACGACGGAAACGUUAUUAAAACCGAAUACACCAGCAAAGAUUCUAAAUAAACCGGACAACAUUGCUGCGAAGAGUGGAAGUCGAGUAGUCCUGGAGAUCGAAUACACCGGUCUACCAGAACCAGAUGUCGUUUGGUAUAAAGCGGAUCGCAAACUUGACGAAUACCAUAACAUCAUACUAGAAAAAGAAGUUUCAAAUAUUGGGUAUUAUUCAAGACUGGUUAUGGAUAACGUUUCAGACGACGACAGUGCGAAAUAUUCAGUUAGCGUGAAAAACGAUUUAGGAUGCGACUUUGCCCAUUUAUCAGUCGCCAUAGAAGGUCCUCCUCAUGCUCCUGUAGAACCACCUGUAGUGUAUUUAUCAGAACCAAAUGCUGUCCUUGUGUCUUGGAACGCCUGUCCAUUUGACGGACACAGGCGAGUGACUUCCUACGAAAUGGAAAAAUGUGAAAUUUUGGAUCUGAAACACAAGUACCAAGAAGAUUCUCCAGCAGUUUGGCAGGCAAUAAAAUGCGAUGAUAGAAAUUGUGCUUUGGAUCUUCAGAGAAUUGCCACAAAUUUGAUACCAGGAAAGAGUUAUCAGUUUAGAGUCAGGGGUGUUAACGAACUUGGACCAGGAGAUUAUGGACCAGCUAGUGAUGUAGUUCUUAUACCAGAUGUUGCACUGGGUGAAAGGACAUCAUCUUCAGAUAAUAUGGAUAGUAUUAUGGUGCCAAGUAAUACGGAUUACCAAAACUACUAUAAAAUAUAUGAAGAAUUAGGUAAAGGCAGGUUUGGAAUUGUCAGGCGAGCUGAGGACAUCAAAACUGGUAAAACUGUUGCUGUAAAAACUAUCAGGACUAUUAGAUCGAGAGAUCGCGAAAUGACACUUCAUGAAAUCACAAUAAUGAGUAUACUAAAUCACGAAUUUAUCUUGAAACUUUUUUCUGCUUAUGAAUUGGGUAAAGAAAUAACUUUAAUCACUGAAUUCGUAUCUGGAGGUGAACUUUUUGAAAGAGUAGUGGCAGAUGAUUCGCUGACUGAAGGUGAUUGCGCCAGAUUUAUGAAAAAUAUCUGCGAAGGGGUUGCUUAUUUACACAGUAAGCAAGUUGUACAUUUGGAUCUAAAACCGGAAAAUAUACUUUGCCGCAGCAGAGAUCCGCAUAAUCAUGAUAUCAAAAUUAUCGACUUCGGAUUAGCUCGACGUAUCACUGGCGAAGAACCACAAAGAGUGCUUUUUGGUACACCAGAAUUUAUUCCACCAGAAGUGAUAAGCUAUGAACCAAUUGGCUUGCAGAGUGAUAUGUGGAGCCUUGGAGUGAUAUGUUAUGUCUUAUUAUCUGGUCUAUCACCAUUCAUGGGUGAUAAUGAUGCCGAAACAUUUACAAAUGUAACAAGGGCUGUUUACGAUUUCGAUGAUGAAGUUUUUGAUUCAGUCUCGCACGAAGCCCGCGAUUUUGUUUCUAGUUUGUUAAUAAAGCAGUUAGAAAAACGCGCUAGUGCAGAAAGCUGUCUGGACAGUCCUUGGCUUCGUAGCAUAGGUUCAAAACAUGUUGAUGUGCGACUGCAGACUGAUCGUUUGAAGAAAUUUAUUGUUAGACGAAAGUGGCAGAAAACGGGAAUUGCGAUACGUGCUUUAGGCCGCUUGACAGCUGUUACAUCUGCUGGAAAUGCUGUGACCGAAAAGAUCACUACUAUUAGCAAAGGAAAACCAGCCAAAAUAAACAAACGGGACUGUAAUAAAAAGGAAUGCUCUAUAGGAAAAUUGAACUCAAACAGUAUCCCUCACCCCAGAAAGCGCAUUGAUAAUAACAAGAGCAACAGACACCUUGGCAUGGGGCAAAGUGAUGCAUGUGAAUUACAAAGUAAAAGCCUACAGCGUGCAAUUGACAAGCAUGUUGCUAGUAAUUCAACUCUAGAGCAUGAUUUGAAUUUAAAAGACGUUGUUUCAGAACAAACUAAAAAGACUUUGAGUAAUGAAAAUAUUGGUGUUUCUUGUGUAGUUGGCAAAAACGCGCAUAGACCCGCGCAGGACAGCGUAAGAUCCCGCAUAAGACGUCUGGAGAAUUGCAUAUCUUCGGACGAACGUAAAACCAGCAGUCGCAGUGAACAUCGUCGAACUAAAAAGCGAUAGUAGUUGAAAUUAUUUUAU